AUGAGCGGCGUCAAGAGCGGGCCAUUCGCAAGGGCCGAGUGCGUGCUGAAGAUCUUGCGGGGUUUGGACACCGAUGGCAAAGGCUUCAUUGCCCGCGAGCGCAUGGCCAAGUUCAUCUCUGCUCUUCUGCCGGAGGUGACUCUGGAGUCCAUCGAUCUGCUCAUGGAUGCCAGCAGCCAUGCGGAUGCCGCCCGGGUCUGGUACCAGGGCUUCAUCGCCUGGCUCUUCGGCGGCAAAUCCUUCUCCGCUUCCGGCGGAUCGUCCGGCAUCUCGGUGGCCACCUGGAACGUGGCGGCGGUCAACAACAACCCCUUUGAGUAUUGGCUGUCGCACGACGAUCCCAGCUAUACCAAGCUUAUGGUGGCCAUGGAAGAGUCUUUGGAGAAGCCUGAGCUGGACGUGCCCGUGGGCGAGAUCUUUACAGAGGCCAUGUUCCAGGAGCUCAAGGCAUUGAUGUCAGAGCACUGCAUCGCUGGCGUGGAGGAGGUGGAGGAGUCCAUGUGGCACGGAGAUCUUGGGCUGCGCAAGCGGCGCAUCGUCUCCGACUUCCUUAAGGACAAGUCCCUGGGAGCCAAGCGCCUCAUCUCCAUGCCCGACCGCAUCACCAACACGAUCCACGUGGUCACGCGCGCUCCCAGCGAGUACAAGCCCCCGCCGGCGUGCCGGCCCACGGUCAUCAACAACUACCUGGGCGACCUGUCCACGCUGGAAGUCUGGUGGGAGUCUUGGAAGAGGUUCAUGUUCCUGGAGGCAUUGGCUGUCAGGGCGCAAGACGGGCUCGCUCGCGUCCAGCGGCCUUGCCACAUGCUGGAGCCCAUUCCGAAAAGCAAAUAUCCUGCCAUCACCCCGGCGGAGGAAAGACUUGCGAUCCCGCUGCAGCUCCUCUGCCAGGCGAUCUUCGAUGCGAUCUUGGUCCACCUCAUGCAUGUUUGUUCUCCGGACGGCUCCUGGCAAACGGUGAAGAGCGAGAUCUGUGACAAGCUCUACGUGGGCAAGACCCGCCGCACCAUAGAGAUACUCGAGAGGAGUUACGCCUCGGCCGACGUGAUCUGCCUGCAGGAGGCCGCCGCGACCUUCUGCGACCUGCUGCGGCGCUCGCGGGUGUCGGAGCGCUACGAGUGCGUGAGGCCCAAGAGCAUGGACGGCCUGCGCGACCAGAACUCGCUCCUUCUGCUGUCCCGUGACUUCUUCCUGCCCAGCAGCAUCCAGGAUGUGACGCAUGUCAUCGAGGAGUGCUUGGAGGGAGUGCGGCUGGUGAGCUGCGACCUGGUCGCCGUGGCCGCGGAGGGGCGGUGCGGCAGGUCCUACCUCCUGGCCUCCUUCCACGGCGACACGGCGGGGUGCCUCACCUUGCCGCUGCUGCGGGCGCUGCGCAAGGCCCUGGACCGCUUCCCCAGGCACGUGGUGAUCAUGGGCCUGGAUGCCAACAGCUACGAGCCCGCCAAGGCGGAGCAGCUGCCGUACGCCGCGCUCAUGGAGUGA